AAAUGAACUAAUUACAUAUAUCUAUUGGAUUAAUAUAGAUGGAAAGGGAAGUUGAAGGUGAAUCAUCUAGAGUAGCAAUGCCACCUCCCAACACAGGGAAGCUGAUAACCAUUCUCACUAUCGAUGGAGGAGGAAUUAGAGGAAUUAUUCCUGGAGUUAUUCUUGCAUAUCUUGAAUCACAACUUCAGGAAUUGGAUGGUGAAGAUGCAAGAAUCGCGGAUUAUUUUGACUUGAUAGCAGGAACAAGCACGGGUGGUCUUGUAACAGCCAUGUUAGCUGCACCAAAUAAAGAUAAACGCCCUCUUUAUGCUGCCAAAGACAUUACUCCUUUUUAUAUUGAGCACUCCCCAAAAAUAUUUCCCCAGAUCAGUGGACUAUUUGCUGGAGCCAUAAAUCUAACAAAAAUGAUUAACGGACCUAAAUAUGACGGGAAAUAUCUUCAUGAACUUAUAAAGAGACUUCUAGGAGGCACAAGGUUGCAUGAUACCUUAACUGCUGUCGUAAUUCCAACUUUUGACAUCAAAACACUUCAGCCAGUUAUCUUCAGCUCAUAUGAGGCAAAUUCGAAACCUGAAUUAAAUGCGGAACUGGCGGACAUUUGCAUUAGUACCUCCGCAGCGCCAACAUUUCUACCUGCCUAUUGUUUCAACACCAAGGAUGCUCAAAAUGAAGAUCGUGAAUUCAACCUAAUUGAUGGUGGCGUGGCUGCUAAUAACCCGACAUUGGUCGCCAUUGGUGAGGUGACGAAGCAAACAUUGAUGAAGCACGAAGGCUUAUUUCCUAUCAAGCCUAUGGAUUAUGGUCGUUUUCUAGUGAUCUCAUUGGGGACAGGCAAUGCAAAGAACGAAGGAAAAUACAAUGCUAAAAUGGCUUCGAAAUGGGGAUUACUUAGCUGGCUAACUCAUGACAACUCCACACCAAUCGUUGAAGCUUUUAAUCAAGCAAGCGCUGAUAUGGUUGAUUAUCACAACUUUGUGGUUUUCAAAGCUCUUCACUCAGAUGAUAAAUACCUCCGAAUUCAGGAUGAUACUUUGACGGGGAACUUGGCCUCAGUUGACAUAUCGACAAAGGAAAACUUACAAGGUCUCAUCAAGGUAGGAGAAGAGUUACUGGACAAACCAACUUCAAAGAUUAAUUUAGACAAAGGAGUUUAUGAAGCUGUUGAAAACGGAGGAACCAACAAGGAAGCUCUACGAAGGUUUGCAAAGAAACUUUCGGACGAGAGAAAAUUCCGGCAGGCUAACGCCGGCCAGUAGCCGGUUGGUGUAAAUGAUAGUCAUCCACUUUGUUGCUACAGCGUGAAAUGUAUUAAUUGUGUGCUUAAUGUUCCUGCUUAAUUAAUUUCCCCUUAUUUUUAUGCAUUUAUAAUAUAAUGUUGGUGGGUUUAAAGCUGCGCAUGCAUACCUUUUGUAACAAUUUCCUACUUUUAUAAUU